AUGACCGACCGUCACGACUGGUCCCAACAGGCCCGUGCCGCCGCUGGGGCCUUUCCCCUCUACACACACCAAGGCCCGCCACAUCAGCAGGCUAUGCAGCCCUUCGCCCCGCUCUACGACGGGCGCGAUCAGCAGCAGCAGCAGCAUCAGCUAGCCGCUCAACAUCACGAGCAUGCCUGUCCGCAGCCCACGUCGCAGCAAGGAUCGCCCCAGCAUGUUCAUCUACCUAGCGGAAACGGCAUUCGCCACUAUCCCAUUGCGAUGCAGCACAACACUCACAUCGCCGGACCGUUGACCUACUUCUCACAUGCACAGUCCCAAGCGUCCCAGCUCAAUGGUCGACAGUCCGCCUCGCAAAUGUCGCUGUUCCAGCCCCAGACCGAGGCCCACCACCAGCAGCCGUUUUUACAUUCCCCCUCCUCGUCGUACCAGCUGUCCGGACACGGAGAUGGGUACACAGACCUGAACAUGGCAAGCGGAGGAAAUCAGCAACAUCUGUUCCAGGGUUCGCUGCCUGCACCGUCCGCCUCUCGUCCCCUGGACGGCAGCCUUUAUUCCGCCAAUGUCCGGAUGAAUAUGGUGCCCAACAUGGCCUCGUCGCUGCAAGGCGAUCACCAGCUCGCCACCCAAUCUGGACACCGGCAGGUGCCGUCCCCAGGCUACGGUCAGGGUGAGGCGGCGAGCUCGAGCCAGGUUGUCUCCCAGUUAUGGCGCCACAGGAUUUCGACCGAUAGCUCGACCUUGAGCCAAGCGUUUGGCAGCAGUAGCGGCCUUGUCACACCAGCCGGUGCCAACCACCGCACGGAUCGAGCUUAUCCUGCGAGCAGCCGAGUUGAGGGAGGGCGUUCGAAGGAGGUGCAAGGGCUCGACGCCUGGAGCCAGCAUGCCCGCGCUUCCACAGACUUCGGCCAUCAGCAGCAGCAGCAGCAGCAGCAGGCGGCAUCUGGCGGCGGCCGCUUCCGUCAAUUCACGGAAGCUCCGGGCUAUUCGGGCGGUCCGAUCGCGGACGAGCCGCGAUUGGCUUUUGGCGGCGCAGCAGGCCAGGGCUGGCCGAAGUCUAGCAGCAAUUCGCACAGCUCGCUCGACGCCGCCUGGGGCCCGCCUCGGCCGCAAAGCGCGUCGCUUCCGAGCCCGUCGCCAAGCUUGAACCCGGCAACCUCGUCAGCCUUCUCGCAUCGCCCAAAUGUCAUUCACAGCUCAAGCGGCGGCGAUGGCAGCAGCAGCAAAGAUCGCGGCACCGCCUCGUACCGCCUUGUCCCCCAGCCAUCCGGCGUCGACCAAUUCUCGCACAGCGGCCAUUCAGCAUCCUUUGUCGACGCAUCCCCUCUUGGCUCAAUCGGCGCGCCAGGUCUCUCAACGGCGUUCGUGCCCCACGAGCAACCCGUUCAUCCGCCGCACCAGAUUCAGGCCAUCAGUCCGUCCUCCACCGUCCCCCAGCCGCGGCAGCCCAGCCCGCCCCCACAGCUACUCCAGCACGCCGGGAUUUCAUCGCAGUACGGCCCGACCAGUCUCGCUCAACCCCAAUACUCGCAGCACUCACAUCUCUCGCACCAGCAUUCGAUGCUGCCGCCGCCAUCGACGCAGCAGCAGAAUCAGCAGCAGCAGCAGCAUCAGCAGCAGCAGCACCAGAGGCAGCAUCAGCAGCAGUCUGAGCAUCCGGCGCAACAGCAGCAUCAGCAGCAGUCUGAGCAUCCGGCGCAACAGCAGCAUCAGCAUCAGUCCGAGCAUCCGGCGCAACAGCACCACAGCAGCAUCCUCACACCGCCCUUACCCACCCUGCACCUGGUGCAAGCGUCGCCCUCGAGGGCGCCGCUCAACGAUCUGCAGUCCCUCGAGCCGGCGACCUCUGCAGUCGCUUCCGCGGAUACAGCGAUGCCCGAAUCCACGCAGCGCAAUGGAUCAUACCAGUGGCCUGCCCAGGCGCAGCAGCAGGCGCAGCCCAGUCUUCGGGCUGACGGCAUCAUCCGUCAGAACCAGGACAGCAGCGUGCCUCGCUCGGCGUCAGACUCUUGGCAGCAUCCGUUGACGGUCCCAGAGUCUCCCGAUCCGCUCAACCUGCUCGAUGGGCCAUCGUCAGUCGCACGCGGAUACCACCCCUCGGCGUUCUACGCCGAUCCGGCAGCUACAGGCAGCCCCAAGACUUCCAAGAAGCGCAAGGUCGACGCAGUCGGUCCGCGCGAGGCGCCGACCUCAAAGAAGGCUGCCAAAGGAAAGAAGGACCAAGACGCCGUGGGUUCGGCUAAACGGCCAUCUGCACCGGUCCGUGCAAAAGUGUCGCCGGAACGCCCAGCAUUCGCGAAGCAAAGUUCAGUGAUCGAGGUCGUCAUACCAGUCACUUCGAGCUCCUCGGCGAUGCGCAAGGCUAGUGGCAAGAUCAGCCAGCCCGCACCCACACCGCGACCUCCAUCCACACCCUCCGCCUCGGUCUACGUGGAGAUCCCGCCAGCAGGGCCUGGCAAGCUGCCACUGCCAAAGAACAAGGGCUCGAAGCAGGCGCGAAACACGGCGACCUUUGCCGAGAUCGUACUCGACUCGGACUCGGAGCAGGAUGCCGAGGGCAGCGACUGGGACGACCUUGACUUGCUCGAAACGUGGAGCACGCCCAAGAGCUUCCUCGGCGGCUCAGACUAUGCAACGCCGCUCGGAGCCUCUCGCGUCAGCAACGGGCCGGUCAAGGGUUCCACCCGCAAGGUCCCCAUGGCCAAGCUCCGCGGCAUGAUAGAGGACAUCUUCGAGGCCGACGACACGCUGCCCGACUCCGACGCGAUGGCGGCCAUGGCAGUCGCGCAACCGUUCGACGGCCCUGCCGAGCAGUUCUUCGAGGUGAUCGCCUCCCUCCCGGCUGCCUCCGCCUCCUCCGGACCCAGCACGACGGUCGCCGUGCUCCGAUUCGAGGUGCUUCAACGACUGCUCAAGUUCGUACGCCAGUGCUCCCGAUCCCUGCAGGAGAUGUCCGGGCCGGCGCGCACCACGGCGUCCGGUAAGCCGAUGGACCUGGCAAGCUUGCCUUUGCAAGACCUCGGCCGUCUGUGCAGCAUCCUGAGCCGCACCGUCAGGCUCUCAGAGGACCUCGAUCCCUUUCCGGCCCAUGCAAGAUCCGCGAGCCCGGCAAAGGGUGGCACCGCCAAAAGGUCGAUGAAAGGGGCCAAGAGCAGGGCCGACGGCUCACCCGCCAUCACCACCCCUCCUCCUCCGGCGGCCGGAAGCGAUUCCAACGCACCUCCGGAGACCCAGACCCAAGGCCACACAGUCGCGAUGGGGUCGCGUCCGUCGGAGCCUCCCUCGACCGACGACGCCCUCGAGGACCUCAACCUCAAGCUGGCCGCCGCAACUCGGAGCACGCUGGCGGCCGAGUGCUGCCUCGCCAUCCUCGGCGCCGACUCGAUGCCCAAGCCGCUGCUGUCGGAAGAUCUGGUGCGCUCCUGCUUUGACGCAAUCAAGACCUCGCUCGACAAGGUCAUCCUGCCGUUCAUCGAAGGAUGCUCGAGCGGGGCCAUCGCCUCUUCGCACCCUCUCCUGGCGGUCCUGAUACAGGCACUGGCGCCGCAAAAGGCGCGCAAGAAGAAGAACCAGCAACCCGCCCUUGACAAUUCGGCCGCCGGCAUGGCAGUCCUGUGUCGAGACUCCCUCUCCCGCCUCUUCCGACACACCUGCUCCGCCCUCUACCUCGUCCAGCGCCUGGUGCGGAUCCCGACCGUCAGUCUGUCGGACCCUGUCGUGAUCUCGGCGGUCUACUUCUCGCUGGGCCCCUUUUUCGUGAUAGAGCCAGAGGCAGCUCCAUCCGGCGGCGGCUCCAGCGAGGCGGCCAGGACCAGCGCAGCAGGACGGGCGGCCAUAGCCUCGCUCGGUGGCACCAACGCGAUGAAGUCCCUUCGGCUACCCGCCCUCAACCUGCUGCGCGACAUCUUCGCCACACAUGCUGAGCAGAGGCAGUGGAUCGUCGAAGAGAUCCUCACGUCACUCACCAAGUUGACGGACCUCAAGAAGAACCGUCGACACUACAGCCUGCGGAACGGCAAGUCGAUUCACUCGGUCAACGCGCUCCUCCUGCAGCUGAUCCAAGCUGCGACGCACGGGCUCCCGGAGCAGGUCCGCUCGGCAGUCGAAGCGGUCAAGAGCCGACACAGACAUCGACAGAAGGUUGCCUCGGGCCUUGCCGAGGACGGCGAGGACGAGGCAGAGGACGAGGAUGGAACGCCCGAUCGAGCGGCAGAGGGCGCGGUCUCCGACUCGGAAGACGACGUCGUCGUCGAAAUGGAUGCCUGGCGCCGCGGGCUUGAGGGUGCGCAUCAAUCUGCAAAGGCGAUCGUGCUGUUCCUCUUGCAAAGGGCCGGUCAGGCCAAGGUGGCGCGUUCCUCGCAAGACACGAGCUAUGCCCUGAUGAUCGACAAUCUGAUCCAGGAUCUCCUCAACGUGCUAUACCUUCCGGACUGGCCCGGCGCUGCGCUUCUGCUCAGCUGCUUCUGCCGCCUGUUUGCGACCUGCCUCGAGGAUCCAAAGGGCAAUCCCGACACCAAGGGUAUCGCGCUGGACCACCUUGGUCAGAUCGCGGCUCGGAUCCGCCAAAGUCAGCUGAGGGGACCCGCUGCGAUGCUCUCGUCCAAGCUGGCCGCAGUCGAUUCAGACAGGGGUCGACGUGAAGGUAGCAGUGCAUCCAGGGAUCCUUCCAACCCGCCCCUCAGUCCCCUCCCCGACGAUGCGAUCCAGCCGGAGGAGAGCCUGUCGAUCGUGGUCGCGCUGCGAGACCUCGAUACGGGUGUGGUUGAGCGGAUGGUCGAGGCGUACCACUCAAUCUUCGCCUACCUCGCUCGCUGCGACACGGACCAGCAAGCCAUGGAAGGUUCGAUGGAGUUCCUCGUCGCCCAGGUCCAAGGCGAGCUGGCUACCGCCCACUCCAAGAUCAGGGGCCGACUUGACGUCGCCAUCGAUAGAGACGCGCCUUCACUGGAGAUCGCCCGCAUCCACCGCUUUGGCAAGUUCCUCGAGGAUCUCAUCGACAAGGUGGCGGCCUGGUCGCUGUCCGAGGUCGAAGCCUCGGCGCCCUGCACGGACGACAGUUUCCGACGCACGCUUGCAUUGUCGGAGCGGCUGAUCGUCUCGAGCAGCAUCAUGGUGUCUUACGAGUUUAUGCACGCGCAGCUCGUCGACGCCCUAGAUGGCCAGUCGGUGGGCAAUAGGAGCAAGGCGCUGCGUGGGUUGGGCAGCAUCAGCGCUGUGGAUCCCGAUUUGCUGGACACGCCCACGGUGCGUUCCGCUGUCGAGAUUCGUCUGAGGGACAGCAGCACGAUCGUCCGCGAGACCGCGGUCGGCCUUCUCGGCAAGUACGUGCUUCGCAAGCCGGACCACAUUGGGCAAUACUACGACCAGCUGGCCGGGCGCAUCCACGACGCCGGUCUGGCGGUUCGAAAGCGCGUGCUGAGGCUCCUCAAGAGCUUCUAUCUCGUCAGCACGUCGACACGCAUCCGCGUCGAUGCGUGCGCGCGGAUCGUGAGGUGCAUCAACGAUGAGGACAAAGUCGUACAGGAGCUCGCGUUAGCCACCAUCGGCGAAAUGUGGCUGCCCGUCGGCCCCUCCGCUUCCCAGCCGAGUCACGACGUUGAGCGGGUCCUCGCCGCCUCUGCCGACAACGUGGCCAGGCUGUCGGCUCCUCUUGGCGCCGAGAUUAGCGGCGCCGACGUCGUCGAGGACGCACUUGACGGCCGCGGUGCGACCAACGCUAUCGACACGAUCAUGGCUGUCGCCGACGUCAUUCGCGAAAAGCCCUCGCCUUUGGAGGAAGUCUUCCGCCGCCUGCUCAAAGAUCGGCGCGAGCCGGAGGCCAGCGAGUUGCUCGGCAAGCUCCAACAGCUCAGCGACACGAUGAUCGACACCUUGGUCGAGUCGAGCGAGGAAUCGACGCGUCAUACCGUCAACCGCAUCAAGACCGUGCAGCUGCUGGUGUCCACCAACCCGUCGAUCCUCACCAUCGCCAAGGCCAAGCUCCUGCUGCCGUACCUCAAGGCCGCGCAGACCUCGGAGGAGCUCCAGAUCAUGGAGUUGCUGCUCAAGAUCUUUCGUGCCUGCCUUCCGUGGAUGCCCAAGACGGCCCUGGCGUUUGCCGAGUCGCUCGAGAAGAGCCUCACGCCCCUUGUCAGCCGACCCCCGCCCGCAGCGCAGCUGCAAACCAUGCAGGAGCUAAUCGCCUGCUUCUGCACUGUGAUCGUCAGCCACACGCACAACUUCAAGAUCCUGGCAAGGACGCUCAAGGCCUGCUUUUCACGCCUGCAGCAGAUGAGGGUCGCUGCGGCCGCUGGCAAGAAGGUCGAAGACUUUCCGUCCUGGAAUCGCCUCACUUCGCUCACCGCCCUCCUCUGUGAGCAUGCCGACUUUGACGACAUCCGAGCCAAGCAUCCAGAGGCCGCCGCCGACAUCAACUCGAUCACUCCAAGGCCGAUCGUGGACGCAGUCUCGGAGAGCCUGCUCGCCGUUUACAAGCUCAGCAGCGGUCCCGUGCGGUCGUUUUUCCUCCAAAACCUAGGCUUCCUCUUCCGCGCCUACCCGUCCCUGAUGACGCGCGGCUCGAUCACGCAGGUCAUGGACGACAUCUUCGAGAUGGGCUCGCUGCAGGAUAGAGCCAUGCUCCUGCGGAUCAUCCUCGACUUUCUCGACGCCGACUCGGCCCGACGCGAUCCUGAUGCUGUCGUAGCUCCUGCCCAAGAGGGACGCAAGGACAAGAGGGAGGAGGGCGCUGACGGCAGCGUUGACAUGACGGUGCUCGUCGGCAACACAGAGAGCUUUGCCGACACGGGUGUGGGCUCGGCCAUGAUGCAGCGGUACUCGGACCCCGUGCUCAAGGCCACGCUCGAAGUGCAGCACCCGGCGGUCCAGCGCAGUGCCACCGAGAUCCUCAGGUUUACGGUGAUGCAGGGCCUGUCGCACCCGAUCCAGUGCGUGCCGUAUCUCGUGGCGCUCGAGACGACCGGCGAUUCCGGGAUCCGUGCCAAGGCGCUGCAGCUCCACAGCCACCUUGCGUCCAAGCAUGCUUCCCUGGUCCAGGCUAGGUUCCUGGAUAGCGCCAAGACGGCAUUCCGCUUCCAACUCAGUCAGGCGACGCCUCAGACCGCGCGAGGCUUUAGGACGGAAGGGGAACCCAGCGCGAUGCUCAACGCCUGGUAUAGCCUGCUCCGCGACCGCCGCAACACGCGCCUCGACUUUCUCCGCCAGGUCGUGAAGGCUCUCGACGUCAACACCGCCGCCUCGGAAUGCGAGCUCCAAGACGUGCUCUUCGCGCGCUUCAUCGCCGACAAUCUGGCCACCCUCGACUACAAGACGCUGGAGGAGCUCUUCAUCGUCAUUGGCGAGCUGCGCUCGAUCCUUGCCGUCUCCGGCAUGCAGGUGCUCUUCAUGAUCCAGUCGGCGCUCAAGAGACGUGCGGCCGGCGGAACCUCGGCUGCGACGGACUCGCUGCCAAGCGGUGGCGACACGCAUGUGCGUCCUGCCGAAGUAGCGGUGUCGAGCUCGCAAGGCGAUGACGAGACGGCAGCGACGGAGCCCGAGCAAGCCGAGGGCGUCCCCAUCGCACCGCCAAAAGCGCUGGCCCGCAUGUCGAUCGUUUCAGGCACCGCGCUCCUCCUGCGUAACCACCUGAAGAGCCUCUACAACCUCGCCGAGGCGCGAUGCGCCAAGUUCAACCCCACCAAGAAGCAGAGCGCCGGCGCAGAUCGGCCAGCGGUCCGACGCACGCUGCAGGACCUGUCGAUGGCGGCCCUCUCCUUUGAUACCAUGCCGCUCGGCCUUGCCCUCAUCGACACCGAAGAUGACGCGUACCGUCAGAUGGAGGCCUACGCGGCGAUGAUCGAGCAUGAAGGAACCAUGCUGGAGCCAGAGGAUCCCGAGGUGAUGGAGGAGCUCGCGCUGUAG